AUUUCUCUUGGAUGUGGAUGAUACCUUCCUCCUAGCAGGAAUCUCUUGGGAAGCCUCUUCCUGUCCUCUUCCUCUCUCUCUUUCUCUAUCAUAUUUUCACUACUUCUACUUCCUCCAGGCAGCAAACCACAGUUUUUCCCCACCAUCAUCAUGUCUUCUCAUUCCACCCAACUUUUUCUCUCUGCGCCUCCUCUAACUCUUCGACCCACCACCUCAUCCUUCUCUGCCUUUAAUCAACCAAAAUAUUUAUCGGGUGUUUGGCUAUUUGGUGCUAAUGACAAAAGAGAUUUUCGAUCCAAAUGCAGUGCGGUUUCCAAAUCCCGUACUCAAGAAUAUGCAGACGUGUUGCAAAAUGGUCUGCCAGUGAUAAAGUGGCAUGAGAUUGUGGAGGAUGACAUAGAAGGAGACGAAGCUCCUGCGGAUUUUGGACAAAUUAAUAAGAUCAAGCAACAUGUGGAGACCAUCACAUCGAUGGUGGAGUCGAUGGAUGACGGAGAGAUUACGAUUUCGGCGUACGACACCGCUUGGGUGGCGUUAGUGGAGGAUGUCGAAGGCAGUGGCUUGCCACAGUUCCCAUCCAGCCUCCAAUGGAUUGCCAACAACCAACUCCCAGAUGGUUCUUGGGGAGAUAGUGAGAUCAUCACUGCUCAUGAUCGCAUCAUCAACACCAUAGCUUGCGUUGUCGCACUCAAAUCAUGGAACGUUCAUCCUGACAAGUGUGAAAAAGGAAUGACGUAUUUCAAGGAGAACAUAAGCAAGCUUGGCAACGAGAAUGCCGAACACAUGCCGAUCGGGUUCGAAGUAGCUUUUCCUUCGGUUCUCGAAAUGGCUAGGAGUUUAAACCUGGAGGUGCCUGAUGAUUGUGCUGUGUUGCAUGAGAUUUACGCCAUGAGAGAUCUAAAGCUCACAAGGAUACCGAGGGAAAUAAUGCACAAAGUGCCCACAACACUUCUCCACAGCUUGGAAGGAAUGGCAGGUUUGGACUGGGAAAAGCUUCUAAAACUGCAGUCCCAAGACGGCUCUUUCUUGUUCUCCCCAGCCUCCACUGCCUAUGCACUAAUGCAAACCAAAAACCCCAACUGCAUGAAUUAUUUGUCCAAAGCUGUUCACAAGUUCAACGGCGGAGUACCUAAUGUAUACCCAGUUGACUUGUUCGAACACGUAUGGGUUGUGGAUCGUCUGCAGCGCUUGGGAAUCUCUAGGUAUUUCAAGCCGCAGCUUAAGGAAUGUAUUAAUUACGUAAGCAGAUAUUGGACUGAGAAAGGAAUUUGUUGGGCAAGAAAUUCGGAGGUUCAGGAUAUUGAUGACACAGCCAUGGCAUUCAGACUACUCAGGUUGCAUGGCCACCAAGUGUCUCCUGAUGUGUUUAAGCAUUUCAAGAAGGGCAAUGAAUUCAUCUGCUUUGCUGGGCAAUCCACACAAGCUGUGACUGGAAUGUACAACUUGCUUAGGGCUAGUCAGGUGAUGUUCCCGGGAGAGACAAUCCUUGAGGAAGCUAAGGACUUUUCAACCAAAUUUCUGAGGGAAAAACAAGCUUCUAAUGAGCUGCUGGACAAAUGGAUCAUCACGAAGGACUUGCCCGGCGAGGUUGGGUACGCACUAGAUGUUCCAUGGUAUGCGAGCUUACCUCGGCUUGAGACGAGAUUCUACAUCCAACAGUACGGUGGCCGUGAUGACGUCUGGAUUGGCAAGACUCUCUACAGGAUGCCUUACGUAAACAACAAUUUGUAUCUCGACCUGGCAAAACUGGAUUACAACAAUUGCCAAGCACUGCAUCUGAUCGAAUGGGACAGCAUUCAAAAGUGGUACGCAGAAUGUAAACUUGAAAACUAUGGAUUGAGCACAAGAAGCCUCCUCAUGGCUUAUUUUGUUGCGGCAUCGAGUAUUUUCGAGCCGGAAAGAGCCAACGAACGACUUGCAUGGGCUAAAACGACGUCGUUAAUUGAGACAAUUGGGUCUCAUUUCAGAGAAGGAACUUCUGAGCAAAGGAAGGCCUUUGUACAUGAAUUCAAAAUUAGGAAGAUGAAUACCAACAAGAAAGGGCAGGGACUCAUUGAGACCUUGCUGACAACCCUACACUGCCUCUCGUUGGACGCCAUGGUGGCGCAUGGCCAAGACAUCAGCCACCCUCUACGCCAAGCUUGGGAAAAGUGGCUUCUGAAGUGGCAAGAGAAAGGAGAUGUGCACCAAGAUGAAGCCGAGUUGCUGGUCGAAAUGAUAAAUCAAACCGCCGGCCUUUUGCCUUCAGACGGGCUGUUGUUGUCCAGUCCAGAGCAUGAGCAACUUUUCAAGAUCACCAACAAAGUUUGUAACAAACUUCGCUGCUACCAAAACCAAAACCAUAAGGUGAAUGAAAACGGCAGCUACAUGAAGACAACUCAGGAAAUCGAACCGGAGAUGCAGCAGCUUGUGCAAAUGGUGCUGCAAAAGCCCUUGGAUGGUGCCAUAGAAUCUUCGAUCAAGCAAACCUUUUUCGCGGUUGCAAGGAGCUUUUACUACUCUGCAUGCUCGGAUCCUGGAACAAUCAAUGGCCACCUUACCAAAGUACUGUUCGAGAGAGUAUUCUGAUCGUUGUGUAUAAGAUUAGGCCCCAAAGCAAUGCCUCAUUUAGUCAUUGCAUUUGUACUCAGUUCAACCCAGAAAGGGAAGUAAAAAUAAGUCAUUGCCCAUGUUCAUUGUUUUUGUGUGGUAUCUGAUGUGUUCCCCAAUCACAACGGGGGAGAAACAAUGAAACUGAAGAAGGAAAAAUUAGGGUCGUUCCCUUUCACGAUA